UUGUGUUAGCAUUUAACUCUGGAGCAUACACAGAACUUGUAUUCUGAAGUUUGUUAAUCUUAUACUGUACAGAGAUGUGUAGCACAUUCUCUUGAAAGUUAAUUUGACACUGUGAGCAACCCUGCUAAACUUUUCCUGAAGACUUCCCUAUGCCAGCCCCCUUGUCUGAUUACAUCUAGUAAUACUCCACUGAAUGAACGUCACUUACAAUAGUAGGGGAGCUGUAGAGCUGGCUGUAGCUUCAUGCUCCAUUUCCUCUGCAUUCUCCAUUUAAAGUAGUCGUGUAAUAUUAAUAGUCAUGAAUAUAAAGUAUUAUGAGGCGGUGUAGAGACUGACUGGGAAGGGGCGUCCAUCCAGUCUGAGCCUAGCCUUGGGUGGAAGAGGAUUACAGCUGCAGCUCAAAGACUCACACAGAGGGGCACAGCACAAUUCAUAUUUCCUAUUUUGGGGGCAUUUUUGAUGGAUGGUCUUGGAAAUAUCUCAAAGAGUGUUCCAGUCUUUCUAUAUAUUUUUUAUUUGAUUUAACUGUUGCAAGGCUCUUUACACGUUGUCCAGAUGUUAGUCCACACCUAUUCAGCUAUGGACCGCCAUGAUGGUGUGCCCGGCCACAGCUCCAGACUGUCCCAGUUGGGGUCAGUCUCGCAGGGACCCUACUCAAGUGCCCCACCGCUGUCACACACCCCAUCCUCGGACUUCCAGCCUCCCUACUUCCCACCUCCAUACCAGCCGCUGCCAUAUCACCAGAGCCAGGAUCCUUAUUCCCAUGUCAAUGACCCUUACUCUCUAAAUCCCUUGCAUCAACCCCAGCAGCACCCCUGGGGGCAGAGACAGAGGCAAGAUGUUGGGUCAGACUCAGGAUCCCUGUUGCCACAACCCAGAGCCUCAUUGCCCCAACUCUCUGGUCUUGACCCCAGACGGGACUACCACUCAGUUAGACGACCAGAUGUUCUUCUGCAUUCGGCCCAUCAUGGCCUGGACUCUGGAAUGGGGGAUAGCUUGUCCCUGCACGGCAUUGGGCACCCAGGCAUGGAAGAUGUCCAGUCAGUUGAAGAUGCCAACAAUGCAAUGAAUCUUUUGGAUCAGUCAGUUAUUAAAAAAGUGUUUGGCUUCCCAGUUCCUUGCCCCCCAAAAUCUGUGACAUCCCUGAUGAUGAACAAAGAUGGAUUCCUGGGAGGGAUGUCUGUAAACGCUGGAGAGGUCUUCUGCUCAGUUCCAGGCCGCUUAUCCUUACUCAGUUCCACAUCUAAAUACAAAGUGACAGUAGGAGAGGUCCAGAGGCGUCUAUCUCCCCCAGAAUGUCUCAAUGCCUCUCUCCUAGGAGGGGUCCUCAGAAGAGCAAAAUCGAAAAACGGGGGCAGAUCUUUACGAGAGAGACUAGAGAAGAUCGGUCUGAAUUUACCUGCAGGCCGUCGCAAGGCAGCCAAUGUCACUUUGCUGACCUCCCUGGUAGAAGGUGAAGCUGUUCAUCUAGCCAGAGAUUUUGGUUAUAUUUGUGAAACUGAAUUUCCAGCUAAAGCAGUGUCAGAAUACUUGAACAGACAGCACACAGACCCCACUGAUCUACACUCCAGAAAGAACAUGUUGCUGGCCACAAAGCAACUCUGCAAAGAGUUCACAGAUCUAUUGGCACAAGACAGAACACCUAUAGGUAACAGUAGGCCAAGCCCAAUAUUGGAACCUGGAAUACAGAGUUGCUUGACUCACUUCAGUCUAAUCACCCAUGGCUUUGGGUCUCCAGCCAUCUGUGCUGCUCUCACAGCUCUUCAAAACUACCUUACUGAAGCCCUCAAAGGGAUGGACAAAAUGUUUUUGAAUAACAACAGUUCUAACAGACACACAUCUGGAGAAGGACCGGGUAGUAAAAAUGGAGACAAGGAUGAGAAACACAGAAAAUGAAAGCAACAUACACUUUGACAUCUUUCAUUUUAGCUUUAAAAAAUAUUGAACUUGAUUUGGAGAAAAAAAUACAUAUAUAAAGAUAUAUCUAUAUCAGAUUGAGCCUUCUUGUAAACACACCAUUUGAGGAUGCAAGCACACAAUGGGACAACUCAAGCUCAAUGUCAGUGGAGUGGACAUAACACCUGCAAGCUGAGUAUUCAUUUUUAACAACAAGAAAAAUCAUAUAUAGAACCCAACCCAACAUAUACUAUUAAUUUAUUGGAGAAUUAUUGGAUGAACUUUCUUAUUUCCUUGGUUUCUGAGACGCACAUCCACUAUUAAAUGUUUUUUCUUCAGAUUUAAAAAAGGAUAAUACAAAUCAAGAAGAUAAUAUUUUUGAAUCCAUCAAAACCUUGUUAAAUUGUCAGGAAAUUCUGAUAAACUUUGUGCAUUGGACAAGGAAAGUGACAAAAGGACAUGUGUAUUUGUAACCCCUUAAUCACUGGAGUUUUCCAUAUCCAAUUCUUUUAAUACUUGCUUAAACUCAAGAACAUGUAUUUGAUGUAAUAUAUGUGGUUUGACAGUAAAUCAAAUAUCUUACCAAGCAUAUUUUUCUUGGUAAAAUAUUCAUCUCCUCUCCUGUAUAAAAUGUUUUUUUUUUUUUGUUCUACUUGCAAGAGUUUUUUCCCCCAGUUUCAUUCAGAAGUGAAAUGCAGUACAAUACUUUUUAUAUUUUUCAGUGUGUGUGUAUGUAUGUAUGUAUAUAUAUAUAUAUAUAUAUAUAUAUAUAUAUAUAUAUAUAUAUAUAUAUAUAUAUAUAUAUACACACAAAAAUAAUACAAUCUGAGGGAUGGAAAUAGAAGAAGAUAACAAAAUUAUGUGUGAAUGCUAUGAAGACAUACAAAAACAACACCUGGAAAAUAAUAUUUUCCAUUUUCUUUAAUCAUAGAUAUUGAACUGAUACCUUAAAGGGUACUAAAUUUAUUUACAAAUGUCACUUCUGGUAAAAACAACAGAGUUCUAAUUUUGAUUUUCCAGUUUUUUGGAGAUCUAAUCUAGUAGCUCUGUGUAUUCUCUGAAUUCAUGACAUAUCAUCAGAUAAAUAGCAACUUCAGUAUGUCACUAUUGAAUAUACAUUUUUUUACCAUUGCCAUAAAAAAUGCAAUUUUUUUUAAAUAAAAAUAAAAGGAAAAAAGAAUAUUAUCAUGAAUGGGCAUAUUCUGGUGAAUUAAUAAAAGUCAAAAUAAUAUUUAUAAAAAUAACUUUCUCUCUCAUAAUUGAAGUCCAAUGAAACAUCCAAACAAUUAUAUCAGUAUAUUAAUAUUCCCCUUUAAUGACAUGAAUUCUCUUAUCUAAAAAGCAGAUAUUUGUUUAUCUUAAAGACCAUUCUAUAUACACAAUUUUGAUUUAUUCAAAACCGAGAAUAAAGCAAUUUAGACCACAAAAGCAUUUUUAAGACAAUUUACCACUUUUUUUAAUUUAAAGUUCUUCAGAUUUCUACUGUAUAUUAAAUUGCCUUGUGUUACUUUAAUAAUAAAUUAUUAAAUUAUCCUAGAUCCAAAGAAUUAUUGAGAAGAAAUUAAAUAAAAUCAUUUCUUCCAAAUUCUAUGUUAUUAUAAGGAUAUAUUAUGUUCCUAUACUUUUAAUUACCAUCUACUUAUGUUUGGAAAUUGCCCAACUUUAUGUUUUAGUAGAAAUAUUAUUACAUAAAUAUGCAAUAAGCAUCAAUUAGCAGUAAUGAUAAAUCUCCACUCAUUUUCAAUCCUUAUUUUGAACUGUAAUAUGUACAGUGCUGCAUAUGGUUCACUAUAAAAUUAAUUAAACAAAUUAGGUAAUAUGAAUUCAGACAAUGUGAUGUGUAAAGUAAACUGUCAAACAAUUUAAGGUUUCAUUUAUAAAUAAUUGGAGCCAUAUUGUUUUCUAUGUAUUUCACAGUUCAUUAUACUUGAGAUUUUUUGUUGUUGCUUUAUUUUGUUUAAAAAAUACAUUGUACUUUAUGUUUAAAGAUGUUCCAUACAUUUCAUGUCAAACUUAUAUAAUGAAAGAAAAACAUUGGCAAAUUCUUAAGCUGCAUCUUAAGUCAAUUUUAUUAUUUUCUAGAAAAAUAUUAGAGGCUUAUCUUACUUUGGUAAUACACAUGUAAUGAAACUAAAACCUUCCCAUUUAUUUGAAAAUGAAAAAAAAAAACAAAUCAGAUUUUUAUUUUUUAAAUCCUCUAUAGGAUUGCUAAUUCUAAGGGGACACAGGAAGCAUUUUUUCAAUUGUUCAUAUUGAAAGAAUAUUUAUGAUAAUGAUUACAAGAAAUGCUAUGUAAAAGCAGUUAACAAUUAUAUUAAAACUAUCUGGAAAUGCUAGUUGAUAAGGAAAUCCUUGCUGAAUAGGUGGACUAGCAUGACAUAAAAGGUCUUUUUCAGCACAUGAACCUCAGCUUAAAAAACAAACAAAAAAAAAACCUAAAUGCAAGGGAUAAAAAUGCUUUCCAUAUUCAUGUGCUUCCCAAUAUGAUGUGUUUUGUUUCUUCUAUGUGCCAACAAACAUUCACACAAAAACAAACAUAACAGCUAACAAGUCUAUCUACCAUUGUGGUACUGUCACAAUCAUUUUAGACAAUCCACCAGUGAAUUUAAAGAGGUCCGAUUAGUAUUUAGAAAGAAUAAAACAGGUGGGAAAUCAUGUUCAGUUUGUAUAUAUUUAUUUAUGCUUAAUUUAACAGGAAUUUGUAUAUAUGGCGAGUAAGUAAUUGGGUUUAUUUAUCUGUGAGUUUGUAUAUCUGUGAAUGGGUGAAAAAAUGCUUGACUUUAGGUAGUCUCUUUACUUUUUCUGUUCCUUAGACAAAUUAUUAUAGUUAAUGGAUAGAACCGAUUCUUGUCCAGUGCUGAUCUGAUUUACAUUAAUAAAAAUGUUGUGUUUUUGUUGUA